UCAGGAAUAUUUGAAAAUAUAGAAGUAUCCAAAUUAGAGUCAUUGCUGCUCGAACAGAUGCCAAACAAUUGGUUGGCGAUCAGCACCAAUUUAAGAAGAAUCAAAGAAUUAGAAAUAAAUGGAUCCAUUAGUUUCAUUCCUUCGAAAAAACUUACAGAAAUCCACUAUGCUGGAGAUGUCCCCGUUGCUGAUUGGGAAUUCAUAGUGAGACAUCCAGUCAGGACACUCGGUUUCAACCCAGCAGACGGAGGACAACACGUGCCAUCGGAAUAUAUGCUUUGGAUUGGGAAAAUGUGGAACCUAAGAACUCUACGGAUAGGUAGAAGUACAUUUACCCUUGAAAAUGAUGAAUGGGUACCACAAGUCUCUGUUAAUCCCACUUUAGAGUAG